GCCGAAAACAAUAACAAAAGGAGCAGUUGGGCAAAGAGGAGCAAGCGCAGCGCAGACGUCGAGGCUCCGUUUUAUACUUUUAUUUCUUCUGAGAAGAAACCUUUGACCUUUGUUUUUAUUCCAUUUUUCGAAAAGUAACACGACUACCUCACAUUUGAACGGAGUUGAACGUCGAUUUUUUUUUUGCUCUUUUAAAGCUUCCUCGCCUGCAGGUCUUGUUCUUUGUCUCCUCCACACGUCGAGCUAUGUGCCGCCGCCCUCUGCCUCUCCGAUGAGUCGCAACCACACGCCAUUGAUGCACUUUAGCACCUCCGCAGAGCCCCUCGUCCGCCGCUGCCGAGCCUGCAGCCGAUGACCGAAACGCCUCCCUGCCAUCGCCCAGCGUCGCUUUCCCUUCCCCUCGGCCCGACACCCACCACCCAGGAUGUUCCAGAGGUUCGCCAGCGUCCUGUUCGGCGGUGACGACGACGCCGCCGCACAGGAUCUGAGCCGCUGCGGCCGACCCAGAGACUGCCAGGAGAAAGAGGAGGAUGAGGACUGGAUCCUGGUCAACUUCCUGGCCGACUCCUGCUCCAGCCAGGCCGGGGACAGCCUCUCAAGGUCCACCGUCGGCCCGGAUGAGGACGAAGAAGACCUGGUGGUGGUGCCGUCCCCCAUGGCCAGCCCUCCUAUCCGCUACGCCUCCUGCACCUCCCUCAACUCCACCGCCGACACCGACCCGGACGGCGGCGGCGAGGAAGAGGAGGAGGAUGACGACGACUUCCAGCGUCUGGACGCAACCUCCCUGGAGGAGAGUUGGUUCGUCACCCCGCCGCCAUGCUUCACCGGCCGCAGCAACCAGCCCGUCCCAAUGGAGGCCAGCCCACUGGAGAACCUGCUGAUCGAACACCCCAGCAUGUCUGUCUACGCCUACCACAGCCCCCCCAGGCUCAACCUUGACCCCCUGCCCCGCUCCCUGGACCUUGAACUGGGCUUGUUGCCCGGCCAAGAGGCCACCACGCCGGCUGCCUCGGGCGGGAAGGAGAAAGGCAGGCGCUCCCUGGACACCCCCCGUCACAGAUCAGACGUGACGGGGAUCCAGCGUCGACCCGGCCUCCACUCGGUCUCCUACGCGGCGGCGCUCUCGGGCCGCGGUGCCCUUCUGCCCCAGCGCCCGAGCCUCGCCGGCCAAGCGCUGUCCCGCAAUGCCCUGCGGCGUCUCAACCUGCUGCACCCCCCCAAGGCCGGCGCCGUCCACCUGCACCAGCCCAGCCAGAGGCACCUCAACUUCUAAAUGCCUUCAAUCGUCGUCCUCCUCUUCCUCCUCCUCGCACCAGCGGCAAGUCAGGCUGGCUGGUCGUUUUUUCUUUUUUUCUGUCCCCUCCUGUUGUCACGGCAACCUCCUCUUUCUACCCCCUCCCAUGAGUAGAAUCAACGCUGUAGGUCACUUUACUCAGAGGCGGGCUCACCUGGCCCCAGCACGACUAUGUCACGGUCAACGUUCGAUAUCAUUUUUAUCACAUAAACAUCAUAAGCUGCACGAUGGGAAACAUCUGAGUUUGAUCUCCAUCGAAUGAGCGGACGACACAUUCGUAGAACCUCGGCAGCCGAACCCGCCUCCAACUUUGUAAUUAAGUACUUUUUUGCGAUAUUUUCUUCAGCGCAAGAAGAAAAAAAAAAAGACGUUGGAAAAAAAAACAGGGUUAGAUAUCACUAAACUUGCCUUGUUUUAACGGUAGCUUUCAGAUGAAUAGAAAUGUAAAAAAAAAAAAUGUACUUAAAAAAAAACAACAAAAUAUUUUUUUGGAAAAGUGUAAAAAUAUGACCUAUAAGUAUGAAGUUUGUAUGUUUGCUUGGGUCCGUGUGCGCCGUGUUGCAUGGUGGCGGGGAAGAAGACAAUUUGUUCUGACAUGAAUCUGCAGUCCAUUUCUCAGGGUCACAACCAAUCACUUUUAUACCUAAAAAUGCAGAUUUACUUGAUUCUUUUCUUUUUCCACUCAGACUUUUUUAGCGGUUCUGUCCCCCGGACUGAGCGAGGAAGUGGUUUUGGUUGAAUCCAUGACGAUGGAUUGAGACUUUUGCUCAGUUUUUGUUAUUGUUUCUAACGCUAGCUUAGUUACACUCUGAUACAACUAUUUAAACCAAAAAAAAAUGUAGAAAUGUUUUUUUGUUGUUGUUGUUGUUUUUUAGUCUUAAGUGUGUUUUUACGCCGAUGUUUUGUAACUUUGUUUUAUCUUGUCGGGCUCUGUGCUCUUAACAUGGCUGAUGAAUAAUAGUCCACCUUAUGAACUUGUCUGAAGCUCAUAUGUGAGGUUAAAAUGAUGUGUUUAGUUCUAAUUUUUUACCCACGUUGGUUUUUUUUUUGUUUUGUUAUUUUGUUCCCCCCGAGCAAAAAUGGGCUUCCUUAACAUUUGAAUUCCUAAGGAACGUAUAACACCUGCCCACUUCUUUUUACUGAUUUUUGUAUUUCUGUUGAUUCUUUCUAGAAAAUCUGCAAAGGGCACAUCAAACCUCAUUCUUUUUUCCCCCCAGCAGAAAACGACAUCAGACAUAAGGUUCACUGUGUGAUGGGACAAUACAAAAAGAUAGAAUGUUUGUGAGGUUAUUGAUCUGACUGUAAAACAAUCCAAUAUCUUGAAUGUCUUUAACUAUUUUUGUGUUAUGUUUAAAAAAAAAAAAAAAAGACAAGGGAUCGCAGGUUUGGUGUUUUUAUUUGUUUUCUUUUGAACUAACAGGGAUUUGUUUGUGUUCAAUGCCUUGAAAAUUGUGCAUCACGUGCCUUCCAGCUUGAAAUGUUCUUAUGCGUCAAUGAAGAACUUGGAUUCUUUUCAUGUCCCGAGUGGACGUUCUACAGACAAAAAGCAAAUGGACGCCAACUAUGCACCACUCAGCCCUCGACCCUUUUCUAAAGACUCCAACAAACCAGACAGAAUGAUGUAGCAAAACCUCCAGUUGUGCAAAGAAUAUUUUGUGGCAUUUUUACUGUUAUUGUUUUUUUUUUUCACCAAGUGUUACACAUUUUGUUUUUUCUUGUGUAGUUUACUGGAAUAAUACAGCACGUUUGCCAAAAAAAGAUAUAAAAAAAUAAACUAUGAUUUUUAGGGUUAACUUUUUAUUUAUCGACAUAUCUCUUUGUGUAUUUUGUAUGUAUGACGGUUCAAUUCACUUUGUUGAUGAAACAUGAAAUAUGGGGGUCAUCUGCUUUCAAUGUAAUGGUUCAUUCAUGUGAUCUUUUUCUAGUUGUAAAAUAAAUGUUUUCAUACACGCA